AUGUAUCGGAAGUUGUCUAAGUUAGAACACUCGGAAAUAAAACAACUUCUUACAGAAGCUAAUAUAGAUGUUGCAAAACAUUACGCGACAAACAAAAAAGCACUCGCUGACUUCAUUAAAGACUACAAUGGUGCAAUAAGUUAUGAUAGAAUUCAUGAGUUCAUAAAGCCGCAACGCGGCGAGGACGAAGUCCAUGCAAGAGCAUUUCCUUUAAAUGACAUUGCUAUUGACUUAUAUCAUAGACGUUCAGUACCUCAUGAAGUAAGAAGAGAAAUGUUUGACAUAACAAAUGCGAACGUUGGUCAUACUCGUAAAGCUCUUUCGCAUGAUGUUCGUCAAGAAAUGUUUGACAUAACAAAUGCAAACGUUGGUGAAACAAGAAGAAGAGACGACACACUGAAACAACAGAGAAGAGAGAUGUUUAAAA